ACUCCGUUCUUUGUAUACCUUUUAACAUAAUAGUAAAACAGAUUGUAGUCUAUGGAGUGAGUGGUGUUAUAUUUGUCAAUUUCAUGACGGGAAAAACGUAAAUGUGUGAAAUUUGGGAUUAUUCUAUUGAGCAUAAGGAUAUUUAUGUGAAUAAAUAUUCGGCCUGCUUAGACAUGGAUUUAUACAUAACAGAUUCACUCCAAGACAUGCUGGACAUGGAUAUUAAAAAUGAAAUAGCAACAGAUUUAAGCAGCAUCACAGAUUUUCCUGAUUCUUUAGGACUGAACUUCUCGGAAUUACCACCGUUGUUAGAUAUGGACACCGACAACUCGGUAACAUGGCUAAGCAACUCCUCUAGUUUCGUUCAUAAUUUAGAUUUAUAUGGUUCAGAGGCGAACGCUGUAAUGGUUAAUCCGAACUCCGUAAUGCCUUCCACAUUCGCGGAGACUCCAGUCAAGAAUAUCGUCAAAGAGGAAGCUUCAAACCUCCUGCUAACAUCGGCGGCGAGCGAGACAAACAGUAACGCGUUACUAGCAAGCCCGAAAGAAGAGAAAAGUCAUUUAACAUUCUCACCUAACACUAUUAAAGUAACCAAAGUACAAGAGACCGAGGAAACGAAAAGUAAACCUUUAGAAGAAGCUACACAAAUGUUGAUAUACAUACGGAAACAAGAUAAGAAUGUUGUCAAAGACUUACUUAAAGAUUUAGAUGUCGAUAGUACUAAGAAUAAAGUAUCGACGAUCAACUCACCGACAACGGUGCGCAUAAAGACGACGCAACCGGAACUGAUUAAACUGAACAGCAAGAACUGUUCAAUAUUAAAUACUAGUCAAAAAAAGUCGCAGCACAUCGGUGCGAAGACAAUAAUAUCCGGCAAUAUACACAUACUGGAUGCACAGCAAUCUAGAACAAUUCUCGCGAACGGUAAUAAAAAUCAAGCGACCAUUCUGAUAGAUAAUUCCUCAUUAGGAAACAGUAGACAAAUUAUAAAGACAUCUGUAAACGGUUCGUUCAAAGUUGACAACAGCCAAUCCAAGCUUGUAAAUAGCAACGGUAAAGCUACUGUGGGAGAAUUUCCGAAACCCGCGUACUCUUAUUCGUGUUUAAUAGCUAUGGCUCUAAAGAAUUCGCGAACAGGAAGCUUGCCAGUCUCGGAAAUUUAUAAUUUCAUGUGUCAACAUUUCCCAUACUUCAAAACUGCGCCAAGUGGAUGGAAGAAUUCGGUGCGACACAAUCUCAGUUUGAAUAAAUGUUUUGAAAAAAUUGAAAAGCCUUCAACUAAUGGAAGUCAAAGAAAAGGUUGUUUAUGGGCUAUGAAUCCAUCGAAAGUUGGAAAAAUGGACGAAGAGGUGUUGAAAUGGUCAAGAAAAGAUCCGCAAGCUAUUAAAAACGCUAUGGUUUAUCCAGAUAGUCUAGAAGCGUUAGAGCGCGGCGAGAUGAAGUACAGCGGGUUUGCGAGCGACACUGAGGCUGAGGACGACGUGGACCCUGACGCAGAUGUAGAACUGGAUGCGGACCUCGAGAUAGACCCCGAGGUCAAGGACGAGGAGGAGGAGACCAUCAUUGAACAAGAGGCAUCUGACCAAGAGCUGGAGGUUGAGGAGGUGGUGGCGGGCACGGGCAUGGUGGGCGGCACGUACCGCCUGCUGGCCACCGGGCCCUCCUCACUCGCAUCUUACAUCACUGAUGUUGACUCCAGUGACGAAGUCAGCGACAUUGAAGUAUUGGACCAGUCAUACGAAGAAUUCGAUAUCGAUGUCACGAAACCAGUGAAGCUCGACCUGUCCAUGACAGAAGAUUAUUCAAUACACACAGCGAAGAGGGCAAAGACGAAUUACAUCUAUCAGCCAGUGUCUACCACGACACAUACAAGCAGACGGAAAACUCCGCUUGUGAAUCGAGUAGCGCUUAUUUAAACAACGACAGUGGCUUUAAUGCUGUCCGAAGUCAAAGUUAUAGUGCAUCCAGUGAACGUUAACUUUUUUAUUCUUAAACUAAAGUGAAGUAGUUGUCUAGAAGUUUGUGUGUGUGACUGUGUUGAAGAAAAAAGUGAUAGUCCGUACCAGAUAAGUGUAUUUACCAUGUUUAUUACAUGCCAAACACUUGUUACAUAUCGUUCACUGUAUAAUUAGUGUAAUGUUUAAGUUAGGCACGUACUUCACUCUCAAAGUUGAGUACACGAUGGUUUCCGUUUAGUUAUUAGUUGGUUGUUUUUCUCUCAGCCAUACACUGUCAGUACAAAUACAUCGCUGCUGACUUCACACAUUUAUGUCGGAGAAUAUUCCAGAAGGAAUUUAUGUUUUUUUUUUACAUUGUAUGGAUAAAGGUUGUGUUCUUUUAAAAUGGAGGUAUGACAUAUAAUGUCUGUAUUCAGCGGCAAACGGCAGAGCGGGUAUGUUUAUGAAUUCCCACCGCUUGUAAAUAUACAUAUCUGUAUUACAUAUGUUCUUUUAUAUAUUACACUGGCAGCUACCUAAAGAAUCUCUUCUUACAAAUUUCUCAAUACUAAAGUAAAUAUAAAUUACAGGUAAUAUUUAGGAACAGAUAAUUUCAAACUUUUUUUAACAAACCCCCUCCGUAAAGAAAAUAAUCUUAAUAAUUAAAAAUAAAUCAUCACUAUUGUAUAUUUCAAUCUAAUUAUGUACCUUUAACAUUUAUUACACUGUAAUAUUAUGUAUUUGUCUUUGAUUCUUUAUUUAAUUAAUUAAUAAAACUUAGGAUUAUGGUAUUUUAAAAAUGUUUUUCCAAACAUAUUCUCACACAAUUAGCAUAGUAGAACUGUAAAAUAUAAGCAAAUGGCACUUCCAGUAAUAUUGGCUCAGUUUUUAUUUGUUUUGACAUGAAUUUAUUACUUACAAAAUUAUAAAAAUGAAUACAAGUUUUGAAAUUUUAUUCAGAACUUAUAUUUGUUAUUUUUUCAUAUUUUUUGUGAUUGAUGUCUAAAAAUGUACUACAUAGAUUUCUUGUAAUUAACGCUCCAAUGAGACUGAAAUGCAAUUUUUGAUGAUUGGACAAUUGAAAUUGAUAUCAACAAUAUUUUUCUUAAAUUAUAAAAUUAUUGCUACUAUUAUGGCUAAGUAUAUCCAAUUGCAAAUGAAUACUAAAAUUUUGUAAAACAUGCAAACAUCAAACUAAUAUUAUAAAGACAAAUGCUUGGAUGGAUGAAUGUUUUUUAU